AUGCAGAUAUUCUUCUAUGAAGCCAAGAACUUCCAAGGCCAAUAUUAUGAGUGUACUGGUGACUGUCCUAACUUGAGCUCUUACUUGAAUCGAUGCAACUCUAUUCGAGUUGUGCAGGGAAGUUGUAUGAUUUAUGAACAGACCAACUACAAGGGCUAUCAGUACUUUAUAAAGCGAGGAGAGUAUCCACAUUUCUCUCAUUGGUUGGGUUUCAAUGAUUCCAUUAAAUCCUGCUUUGCAAUUCCACCAUACAAAGAAUCUUACAGGCUGAGGCUCUAUGAAAGAAAUAACUUUGGAGGUAAAAUGUUGGAGGCCAUGGAAGACUGUCCUUCGGUAUCUGAUCGAUUUAGUCAUCAUGACAUCCAGUCCUGCAAUGUGUUUGAUGGGUACUGGAUUUUCUAUGAGCUUUCCAACUACAAAGGGCGCCAAUACUACCUAAGACCAGGAGAAUAUAGAAGAUUUACUGACUGGGGUGCCCAGAAUGCCAGGGUUGGCUCCUUCAAGAAAAUUACUGAUUUUUUUUAA